GUGGCUUUCACGCUUGGAUCGUAUAUACCUGAUCGCAGGUAUUGCGAUCCGCCCUUCCGCUAUCUUCCGCCAACGGCAUCUCGGCGAUUACGUGAUGCUUAUGUAUGCGGCUUAUGGUAGAGCGGUGUUAGCGCAGGUAUAUCGUGAGCUAUAGAUUGUCAGUUGAUGUUAUGAUUUUCGAUGAGAUGUUAUGCUUUCGGUUUUAUGAUAAAAAGUCCCUUUUUAUCCUUGUCUCGCUCCCGUUUCCGGUAGAUCAGCACUAGAGAGUCUCCCACGCAGAGAGGAGGACUCUUAGACUUUACAGAAUUUGCGAAUCUGCGUCUAACUUUUUAAACUGGGUUCUUCCCGUUUUUCCCAUUCCCAUUUUCUAGGAAUUUUUUAUUCCUGUGGCAGUUAUUUGAUUUGUAAUUUGGAAAACAUAAGCCAGCAACCAACGUUACAACGGUAAAAACCAAAACAAUCCAGUACCGUCGAAAGCAGAAUUCCAGCACCAACAAGGACUUCCAGCGAAAUACGGAGAUUACAUUAUUUCCUGUAAUUGGACGGGUGGAACUGGAAUAACAAAAAUGGCAAAAAAUGUCAGAGUCCGUAGUCGCGCUUCCGGUGCACAAGACGGCAGUUACAUUUGAUCAAGACAUUUCAUUCUAACAUUUGUCAGUAACAUUUGUUUGAUAGUGAAAAACAUUUGUCUGAUAAUGAAAAACGUUUGUUGGUAGCGAAAAACAUUUGCCAGUGACAUUUGUUUGUUAGAAACUUGUUGACAAACAUUUGUCAGUGAUAUUGGUCUGUAACAUUUGAUUGAAAACUAAAAAACGUUUGUUCGUAAAACGUUUGCGCAAUCGGUGCGCCAUAUACCUUUGCCAGGUGGAUAAAUCAAAAGCUGGAAAGUGGUUUCAUUAUUUUGCAGUAAGGCUAGAUUUUUGCACUAGAAUACGUUGGUUUGAAAAUUCAAACUCUUCUUUACUACAUAUGCGCAUUUGGCUCGACCUCGAAAAUGAUUCGGAAAUCUUUCCUGUCAUUGAAGUGUUGAACGUUAUGAUUUCGUAUGGCAAGCAUUUGCGCCGGACUGCCUGGACGGAUGGUUUGCGCAACCCAAAGCACAUUCGCUGUGCCUCCACGUUUUCAGUGCCGUUCACAGCUGAUCGGUAUUCCAUAAAGCGUGGAAGCUACGAGAAGAUCAACGACCAAGACCUUGCAAAAUUUCGACAGAUACUGGGCAAUGAUAAUGUGAUAACCAGCGAUGAUGAUCUGGAGCGGUAUAACGUAGACUGGCUGAAUAUAUGCCGAGGACAGAGCCAAGUGGUGCUCCGUCCCAAAGACACGCAACAAGUUUCCGCCAUAAUGAAACACUGCAACGAACGCAAUUUGGCCGUGUGUCCGCAGGGUGGUAACACAGGCCUCGUGGGCGGAAGCGUUCCCGUGUUUGAUGAAGUGGUCAUCAGUAUGGGACUGAUGAACAAAAUCAUUUCCCUGGACAAAAUUUCUGGCGUAGCAAUAGCUGAAGCUGGGACCGUACUGGAAACGCUGGAAAAUCAUGCUAUGGAAAGCGAUCGGAUUGUGCCUCUGGAUUUGGGAGCUAAAGGAUCCUGUCACAUUGUAGGUAAUGUAGCCACAAAUGCUGGUGGGUUACGAUUUUUAUGCUACGGAUCGCUGCAUGCUAAUGUACUUGGACUGGGAGUGGUUUUGGCUGAUGGAACAGUUCCUCCCUUUGGAACAAACAUGCGAAAGGACAAUACCGGAUACCAUCUGCAUCAUUUAUUUAUUGGUAGCGAAGGAAGUCUGGGAAUAAUAACCCAAGUUGCCCUCCUCUGUCCUCCUCGACCGACAUCAGUCAGUUUAUGUUUACUAGGAUUGAAUUCAUUUGAGGAUGUUCUGCAGUGCUACCAACAAGCCGGCAGCCGCCUAACGGACAUCAUGUCAGCUUUCGAAUUUCUGGACACUCAGUGCUUUGCUGUAUCCUGUGAAGAGCAUAAUGUGCCUGCACCUUUAAAAGAAUUUAUGCCAUUAUUGAAUUUAUUGUUUAUUCCUUUUUAUGCCAUUAUUGAAGUUUCGGGAUGGCAGCCGGAAGCUGAUUCUACUCGAUUAAAUGAGCUGUUGGAAGAUUUGAUGGGAAAUGGUUUGGUAACGGAUGGCAUCUUUACCGACGAACCUUCUCGAAUGCAGACUGUGUGGAAAAUUCGCGAAGGCGUCGCAGAGGCUUCCGCUCGCCGUGGAUACUGUUACAAAUAUGAUCUAUCCAUUCCUAAACAGCAGAUGUAUCAACUUGUGCAAGAUAUGAAAAAACGUUUGGGGUCUAAAGUGAUCUUUUCCGCUGGUUAUGGACAUUUGGGAGAUAACAAUCUGCACUUGAACAUUAUUGCUGCUGAUUAUACACCGGAAGUUGCAAAAGCGAUAGAACCAUUUGUAUUUGAAUGGACCAGGGAAAAAGGUUCCAUUUCAGCGGAACACGGUCUGGGUUUCAAAAAGAGGAACGCUAUCCAUUACAGUCAGUCCCCGGCAGCGGUGAGUGUCAUGAAAAAGAUGAAACUACUUUUCGAUCCUAAAGGAAUUUUGAAUCCCUACAAAGUGUUGCCGGAUGAUGGUCGCAGCCUUGGACAUGAAUAACUUUUCUUCGAUAGUCGAAAAAGUCAAAAGCUGAUAUUCCAUGCGACUGUGGUUACAGAUCUAUUAUUACAUGUAUACGCUUUAAUAAGUAUUGGCAGAUUGACUGUUAGCGAAAGAUAUGUGCGUGCCUUCUGUUUAGAACCAUAAUAUUUUUGUGCAUGCGCUUUUUUAUUGUUUCACGGAGGUAUUGCUGUAUCAGUAUGCACCUAUAACUUUAUUUUAUGUGAAACUUUCAGAUUAAAAAGUCG